GUGUGUGUGUGUGUGUGUAUGUGUGUGUGUGUGUGUGUAUUAUUGAGCAUCAGUUAGCCUAAUGAAUAAUUUGUGCGAUGUGAUUGGAGCUCAUAAAGUAGUCAGUCAGCAGUAGUGUGAGGAGGAGUAGCAGUGAGGAGUGUGUCAGUACGGACGAGGAUAGAACUCAGAGAGGUGAGUUCACACACACACACACACACACACACUCACACACACUCACACUCUCACUCACACUCUCACUCACACACACACACACCACACACACACACACACACACUCACUCACACUCUCACUCACACUCUCACACACACUCACACACACUAUUAUUACUUUAAUUAAAUAAAAUGUAUCAAAUAAAUAACAGGAUUACAGGGGACUUAAACAGCUCAGUUCUGCACUAUACACCUUCUACACAAAGGAGAGUUUAUUUUAGCUGCACAGGAAACAUCUAAACCUAAUCAAAUUAUAAUUUUAACUCCUGCAUGUCAGUUCCCUCAGUGUGUCAGUACUGUGUGUCAGUACAUUGUGUGUGUCAGUACAUUGUGCAUCAGUACUGUGCGUCAGUUCUCUGUGUGUCAGUACUUUGUCUGUUUCAGUAGUCUGUGUGUCAAUUCUCUGUGUCAGUUCUCUUUGUGUGUCACUACUUGGUGUUUCAGUACUUUGUGUGCAUCAGUACUCUGUGUUUCAGUUCUCUUUGUGUGACAGCGCUCUGUGUGUCAGUACUUUUUGUUUCAGUACUUUGUGACAGUAUUCUGUGUGUCACUUCUCUUUCUCUGACAGUACUUUGUGUGUGUCACUACUUUGUAUAUUUCAGUACUCUGUGUUUCAGAUCUGUGUCAGUACUUUCAAUUCAAUUCAGUUUUAUUUGUAUAGCGCUUUUAACAAUGGACAUUGUCACAAAGCAGCUUUAGAGAAAUAAAUAAAUUCAGGAUAUAAAUUGUAAAUGUAUGAAUUUAUCCCUAAUGAGGAAGUCAGAGGUGACGGUGGUGAGGAAAAACUCCCUGAGCUGAUAUGAGGAAGAAACCUUGAGAGGAACCAGACUCAAAAGGGAACCAUCCUCAUCUGGGCGCAACGGAUAGUGCGAUUAUUAUUAUGUGUUUCAGUACUCUGUGUGUGACAGUUAUUUGUGUGUUAUUUCUCUUUGUCUGUACUCGUUUUGUGUCAGUACAUUGUGUGUGUCAGUACUCUGUGUUUCAGUACUUUCUGUAUGUCCAUAAUCCAUGUGUAAGUUGUAAUUACAAACAGUAUUUUGAAAUUAUAUAAGUGUGUGUGUGUGUGUGUGCAUGUGUGUGUGUGUGUGUGUAUGUGCGUGUGUGUGUGUGUGUGUGUAUGAUUGAGCAUCAGUUAUCCUAAUGAAUAAUUUGUGCGGUGUGAUUGGGGCUCGUUUUACAGGUGCAUUAUGGGGGAUCGCUCACUCUCACCUCAUCCUGUGCUCGCUUUGUCUCCGCUUAAUGUAGCCUCACGCUGACCUUUGACCUUUUUGUAUCACCCUGUCUUUAUCUCUUCAUCCUCUCCACCAUUCAGUGAGCCCAAUGUUCCAUUUCUCUUUGUCCGUCUCACUGUGUUUGUGUGUGCGUGCGGGUGUGUGUGUGUGUAUGCGUGCGGGUGUGUGUGUGUGUGUGUGUGCGUGUGUGUGCGUGUGUGUGUGCGUGCGGGUGCAGUGUGAUGUUCCCGGUCUGUGUGUGUCUGUUUGGUGAUGGUGUGUUUGGAUGGAGGGUGGAGAAGAUGGAGGCUGUGCAGCUGGACAGCAGGCAGUUGGGUGUGUUUUACACCGGAGACUCGUACAUCAUCCUGAAGAAACACAGUGAGGGGGCGGAGCUACACAUGUGGAUGGGGGAGGAGUCAUCGCGGGAUGAGCAGUGUGCCUGCGCCAUGUUGGCCACUCAGCUGGACCAGUUCCUCGGGGGGGACGCUGUCCAGCACAGACAGGAGCAGGGACACGAGACAGACGAGUUCAUGAAGCUCUUCCCCAACGGAGUGAGCUAUAAGAGGGGGGGUGUAGAGUCCGGGUUCAGGCAGGUGCAGACGGAGUGUGUGCCGGUGCGACGUCUUUAUCAGGUUAAAGGAAAGAGAAAUAUCCGUGUGAGAGAGGUGGAGCUGAACUGGAGGAGCUUCAACACCGGAGACUGCUUCAUCCUCGAUCUGGGACAGCUCAUCAUCUCGUGGAGUGGCUGUAAGUCGAGUGUGUUUGAGAAACAGAAGGUUCAUCAGAUCGCCGCUUUAAUCAGAGACACAGAGAGAAAUGGAAAAGCUCACAUCCGUGAUGUCACACAGGGGGAGGAGCCACUGGAGAUGGUCCAGGUUCUUGGUCCAAUCCCAGCGAUUACAGACUCGUUUGAGGAGGACGGUGAGGCAGACAGGACAAACUCCGCCUCUCUCUACAAGGUGUCUGAUGCGUUGGGCUGCAUGUCCGUCACUCAGCUGUGUGAUAAAGCGCCGUUCGAUCAGAAUCUGCUGCAGAGAGACGACUGCUUCAUCCUCGACAACGGAGCCAAUGGCAAGAUCUUCAUCUGGAAAGGUGGUGGUGCCACUGUGGAGGAGAAGAGGGCGGCGCUGCAAAUAGCUGAUGAGUUUAUUCUGAGGAUGAGUUACUGCAGAGCCACAACUCAGGUGGAGAUUUUUCCUCAAGGUCGUGAGUCUGUUCUUUUCAAACAGUUCUUCAAAAGCUGGAGUUAAACACACACACACACACACACACACAAACACACACAAAGAACUUCAGUCAUUCAAGAUGAAUUUAAAACGGAAAUUAACUAUUUCAUUUAUCUUUCUGAAACGUGUGUGUGGUGAAUAAAAUAAGCCUGUGUGUGAACACAGUGUUAAACAGAAUGAAGACACUGAAGCUACACAGACUUCAUUAAAACAUUCCUUCACACUGGGUUUUACAUUUUUGAAUCAUUGUAAUGAUGAAAUGUGUGUAAACUAAGAACUGUGUGUAGCUCUACAGCUGAUCUGCAGCGUCUCUCGUGUGUGUAUGUGUAUGUGUGUGUGUGUGUGUGUGUGUGUG